AUGACCAACUCGUUUUUCAAUGCCCCACACCAUCAACAGCUGCACCUUCAGUGGGAUAGCGUCUACAAAUUUGACCUAAUAUCGGUUUGGUUUUUAAGAAUACUUAUGAUUCUCCUCCUAUCCCUCGUAGCCAUAUGGUGUAUCUGCCUAUGCUACGUAUAUUUUGAAGAUUCAAUCCACAUCUGCUGCUCUUAUAUUGGAUCUUUAAUCCACAACUGCUGCUGCCGAGGCCGAACAAUUUCAUCGCCGGUGGCUCGUCCUCCACCUUCGAAUCAGACUCAGACUCAGGGUCAAGAUCAACGUGGGAUGAGAUACACAUUUCAUUCUAGGCCGCGGCCAUGGAAUCAAAGUUACAGAGGCGUCCACCCAACCAAGAUUCUUGCUUUGCCCUUAUACCCUUAUCGCGCAAAUUCAAACCAGAUCAACGAAUGUGUGAUUUGUCUGAGCGAGUUCGAGGAGGAGGAGGCUGUGAAGGAGAUCCCGUUUUGUAAGCACGCGUUUCAUGCGUACUGCCUCGACAUGUGGCUUUCGGUGCAAAAGACCUGCCCGCUUUGUCGUACUAGUCGGCUGGAUGCGAACCAUGAUGUGUGUAUUGAUAUCAAUGAGGGUGUGGGAAGAGGACCAGUAGUUGUUCAAGCUUAA